UGUUUAAAAUAAACUAAUUUAGAAGAGAGCUGAAGAUCCUGUUGGAAAGUGAGGAGGCUCCAGAAGAUCCUCUCUGAGAUGUCGUCGUCUGAGAAGACGGAGGACGUCUACCAGACCCUGAACCAGCCUUCAGUAGUGAAGAACCUCCACCCAGAACCCGGAUCAGAGAGGAGCAGCAAGCUGAUGAUGAUGCUGAUGAUCUUUAACUCUCUGUUAUUGAUCGCUGGAUUGAUCCUGAUCGGACUCUUUUACAGGUCGGUAUUGGAGGAGAAUAAAGGGGCGUGGCUUCUUCAUGAUGAUUCUUUCUACUUUAUCUGGGAGGCGGAGGGGAACUGUACUAAAGCAGCAAACUACUGUAGCGCCAAAGCAUCCAACAUCAGACUCGCUGUACUCACACCUGAACUGAGGGAUUGGCUGAUAACUCAGGCUAAAGGAAGAAAGCUCCUGGUUGCAGAGGAUGAGAGUGUGAGUGGGUGUAAACUGGUUGGAGAUCAGGUGAGCUUGGAGACGCCGUUCAUCCCUGGAGAAGAACAAGGCUGGGUGUGUGAACACCUUCACCAGAAAUUAUCUGGGCCACCCGGACCACCUGGACCUCAAGGACCACCUGGACCAGUGGGACCAAUAGGAGCACGUGGACCACCAGGACAAACUGGACCACGUGGACCACCUGGAGCACCUGGACCAAGUGGAUAAAUGUAAUAUAACAAAUGACUUGUGAUUUAAAAAUACAUUUUUCCUGCAUUAUUUCCUGCAUUAAAUGAGAAAUAUACUGUAAUAUGAAUAGAGUCUUGUGUGUACAGAUUCCCUGUAUGGAUCUGUAUAGACUCCUGUAUUAAACCACCAUCAGAUCAACAGCUAUGCUCUUAACUCCGCCCAUCUUCCUCCACCUGAUGGGAGGAGAUCACCAGAAGUAAUAAAGAAAAAAUAAUUCUUAAAAUAUAUAAAUAUACAUCUGUAAUGCACUUAAUUUGCCUGUGUGAAAGAAAGAAAGAUGCCAUACAAAUAAACUUUCCUUGCAUUAAACUUC